CACCUUGCCCAAACGACAUUGAUGCACUACCCAUAUAUCGAAAGUUUAGACUUAGUCUCAUGAGACUGCACAGACUUAUCUUCUCACAUUGCAAUAGCACACUCUGAAAUAUCAGAAUUGAUCCGUGACGAUGCCUUCCACCCCUGUGUCUCCAUACUCAUUACCUGACCUAAAGAGCACUACAGACGAUGCACUGUCUAACUACUUGAUUUCGCUCAAGUUCAUUCAGGAUCACACAUUCACCGACGUUCGGUUAAGUCUUGGCUAUGUUGCUGUCGCCAUCGCUGGUGUCCUCUUCUAUGCUGAUUGGAAGCUUGGCUGGGAUGUAACCAAAGCGUACACGUUACCGGCUGUUGUGGUAUAUUUUGCCCUAAAUAGCGCCUUUACCUACUGGAUAUGGUUUGUUGAGAAGGGCGCUAUAUUUGUAGGGUCGAGGGAUGGAGUCAAAAUUACUAUCACAUCUGCCACUCCAAAGAAGUACGAACCUAAAUACGAACUCACGGUUUGCACGCAGUCAUCUCCAUCAGCCCAAAUUAAAGAAGCAAAAAUAACUGCAUCCUUUACGCGGUGGUUUACAUCAGAUGGGUUCUUUGUUGCCAAGCCAUUCCAACAAUGGCUCGCCAGCUCAAUUGAUGUAGUUGGAAAGGCAGAUCCGAAUAAUGUGGUCGAAGAGAUUGGUCGAGGUAGCGCGAUUGAGAAAGCAAAAAUAGCCAGGGCUCAGCCUCAGACCGUCAAUCUGGGAAGCAUACAAGACGUGUUACAAUAUAUCGAGUCUGACGGCGCGACUGGAGUCCAGCCGACUCCGAGCAGCAAGAAAGGCCGCAGAAGAGGAUAGCCGAGUGGGUGUCACUUUCUGCUGCAUGUGCAUAUUCUUGGGUGUUCAAGACUUGGGUCGUCCAUCGCAAAAAAAUCACGUUAUCUGCGUUUGGGAAUUAUUGAACUCUCGGUUGAAAAGCAUCUAUAUUCAAAUUAUAAUGCUGCUGAUGCCCACUUAAAAGCCCGCUAAAACAGAGGCGCUCUCAAUCGAUUCAUUACACAAUUGCU